CUGCGGACAGAUCGCAGCCAUGCUCACAUAACUUCUGCUUUUUUUCACACACCAAACUGCUUCUUCUUUUUCUUCUCCGCUCUGACAGAAGCCUCAGACUCUGAAUCGUGUGGAUCUUAACUGGAAAGAUUAACUGGGAUAUUAUCGUCUUUUUCACACUGGAUUUAAAGCUUUUUAAUACACAUCUUGGAUUACCUAAUGAUGCAUCCAGAAAUGUGCACUGCAUGAAAGUUUGCAUGCAGGUUGUUGGUGUGACUGGGACAUGUUGGAGCUGACGUGAGCAGAUGAAUUUCCUACUUUAGGUUCUAGAGACAAACUCUCUGGUGAUGAGACCGAGACGCUCUCUGAGUCUGCUGCUGACCAUGUUCCUGCUGAACGGUGCAAACUGUGUCUGGAUGCUGCCGGCUCCCGACAGUGUUUACAUGGAGUCUGUAAACAUGAGACACAUACUGAGGUGGCGCCCCCCGCAGGCUGCCGGCCACACCGCUGUGUUUUACUCCGUGCAGUUCCAGGGGGAGUUUGAGCUGACGGUGAAGAACGGUAGCUGGGUGAACGCUUCCGAGUGUCAGCUGACUCCUCAGACUCACUGCGACCUGACCUUUGACCUGGGCUCCGACGCUGACUACAACAUCCGCGUCAGAGCACAGCGCGGUUCCCAGCUGUCGCCCUGGACCCAGCUCAGCCCACCGUUCAACCGCAGACACACGGACCUGACGGCGCCGGACAUGGUGGUGACGGCGGUGGGCGAUGCCCUUCAGGUGACGUUCAACGCGCUUCCUCUCACUGCCGCUGUCAGCGUGACGGUGUGGAAGAGAGGCGACGAGCUGCAGGCUGAUGUGUACCUGAUACCAGCUGAGCAGACGCCGCUGCAUGUCCCCGCCCUGCAGGACGGAGUGGUGUACUGCGUCAAAGCGCACAUAGUCCUCUACACUCACCUUUGCAGCAGUAGCACUGAUGCCCAGUGUGUCUCCAUCACAGGUCCAGCCGCUGCCUGGAAGAAGCCGACCACUGUGACUGUGACUGUCAUCGUCACGGCCAGCCUCCUGUCCGCUGUGUUCUGGUCCGUCCUCCACUGCCGUCCAGGUGUCUGCCAAACGUAUUUCAGAAAAGAGACGCUGCCCCACUCAUUGACACCUGAUUGGGACAUACGACAUCAGUUGAGUCCUGAGGAAGCGGAGCUUUGUGAGCAGAUCCACGUGACCGUUGACCCCCAAGACUGACGAGCUGAGGAUCUCAGAUCCUGAACAGUAAAGACACAUCUGGAAGAACAAAGUUCUAAACUUACGUUCAUCGUGGAAUUUAUGGAGCAUGUGUUCGAGAAGAUGCUUUUGAGCUCAGCUUUCUUGGGGUCAAAUUUGCGUUCCCUAGGAUGGAGAAGACAUGACCCGCCCUACUCUGCCUCUGAUUGGAUAGUACCGUUUGCUUUCUCAGGUUGGAUUGAGGUUUAGGCAUUAUGUUUACUCAUCAAUUUCACUAUUGGUUAUGGUCCAAGGCACAAUAGCAUAUGUAUUUACAAGUAGAAACACUUCAGAAGGUAUUGUAUGUGAGGUAUGAGCUGGGUCUGGAUUGACUUGGUCCCGAUGUGGACCUUGGUCUAGACUUUUGAGAACUCCUGCUUCAAACCAAUCACAACAGUCCUGGGCGGCCCUAAGCUCGGGAUGCAGCAACGGUGGCGUUGCAAAAGAGAAAUAGAGAAGAGAAGAAGAAGGGGAGGAACACCUGCUGCUUUAUUCCAGCAAUGUAUGUCCGUUGAGCCAGACUAGCUGGAUGAUAAUAAUCAUCUGACAUUUUGAGAGACUGUCCUCCCAAGAAAAAUGACAUUAUCUGUCAUAAACAGGUUAUGAAAAACAUUUAAAGAUGUGUAUUUGUUGUGACAUUUGACAACAUACACACUUUACUACCUAUGGUAACUUAUAUAUGCUAUAAAAUAUUGUUGAUGUUACCGUUAUGUUUGAAUUAAUGUUUUUUUAUAUUUAUAUUGUAUUCUUUUUUUGUAUAUGAAUCCUGAUGAAGAAGUGAAUUGAACGGAUGGUGUGUGUGUGUGUGUGUGU